ACGAGUCGUAGCAGUAAAGAUCUACAAUUAAUAUAUUUUAAUCUAAACAGUAAGCACCUUCCUCUUUCACCCAACUUCCUUUAACCUUUCUCUCCUUAUUCUAUAUAAAACCUCUCUUUCCAGAAACUAAAAAUGGAAACUCUUCUUUACUGCAUCAUCUUGAUCUCACCUCAUCUUUGAAAAACCCUAGCUAGGUGAAAAGAAUGGGAAGAGGGAAGAUUGUGAUAAGAAGGAUCGAGAACUGUACAAGCAGGCAAGUGACUUUCUCAAAGAGGAGAAAAGGUUUGAUCAAGAAAGCCAAAGAGUUAGCGAUCCUAUGUGAUGCACAUGUUGGACUUGUUAUAUUCUCAGCAACUGGAAAGCUUUAUGAAUAUGCAAACACCAGCAUGAAAUCGGCGAUCGAGAGAUAUAACAGUUUCAAGGAAGAUCAACAAGUGACAAAUCCAGAAUCUGAAGUCAAGUUUUGGCAAAGAGAAUCUGAUAUUUUAAGGCAGCAACUACAUACUCUACAAGAAAACCAUAGACAAUUGAUGGGAGAACAGCUAUAUGGUUUGAGCAUCAGAAACCUACAAGAUCUAGAGAAACAACUCGAACUUAGUCUCCAAGAAGUCCGAACGAAAAAGGAGAAAAUUCUGACAGACGAAAUCCAUGAGCUGAACCAAAAGGGAACCCUAAUCCAUCAAGAAAAUGUGGAACUCUAUAAGAAGGUGUAUGGCACGACAGAUGCGGCCGCGCUCGCAACAAGAAAAAAUGCAUUUGUUCAGUUUCCAUAUGGAGGAGGAGGAGGAGAGUAUCCACAAACAUUAUUUCAACUUCAGUUAUGCCAGCCUGAGCAAGAACAGUAUUGUGAAACCUCAGGUAGUGCAAGUGCAACAAAAUGAACGAGUUAGAAAGACUUGGAAGUUUUGUGAGAUUUUAUUAAUACAUUUGGAAAAGAAUGACUUAAGUAGCAAUGGUAUGUAAUAUAUAAUAAUCACAUUCAAUCUUUUGUUGAUUAUACAAUAACUCACUCCACUACUCACAUAAUCCAUAGGAUUCCACAUUUUCUGAAAUUGGAUGACUUUGAUUUUUAUAAAAGUUUUCAUUUGCAU